UUGGAAGCUUCGUUGCGUACUUUACAGUUAAAUGUUCAAAGCUUCGUUGAACUGCUAUAAAUAAUCGUGGAAAAACAGAGAGCUGAUAGCUAUGAUAUUUCUACUGAGCGUCGUUCUCGUGGCUGUAACCAAUGUGGCAGCCUACUACCCACGGGGUCCGAUGUUUGGCAAAAGCACGCACAUCGAGGAAGUGCCGUACCAAGUAGUGAUCCUGUAUCAAGACAACCCAGUAUGCGGUGGCGCGAUAAUAUCGGAGAACUACGUACUGACAGCCGCCCACUGCGUGGGUCGCAACGAACGAGACUAUCGCGUUCGAACGGGCUCGAGCUGGCGUAACUCCGAGGGUAGCCUUCACGAGAUCCAGAGCUACGUUUGCCGCGAGGACUGCCAUCACGAUCUGUACGAAAAAGGGAGCAAGCGCGUCGUACCUUCCAAUGAUUUGGCUUUGGUCAAGUUCGUCGAUCCCAUCGCGUUCGACGCCAAACGCAAGCCCAUCGACCUGUUCAACGAGACGGAGGUGGUCAGCGCUGGCGUCGAUGCCCUCGUCACUGGUUGGUCCAAGACGAACGCCAGCUCGGAGGAUCACCUGACUGCCAGGACGGUGCUGACAUUGGACGCGGGUCUCUGUGAUAAAGCUUACGAGACCGUGGGCGGUAUACCACCAGGCCAGAUUUGCGCUGCCUAUCCAGGGGCCAUCGGCAAAGGUGGCUGCCAGGGUGACUCGGGAGCUCCGUUGGUCACUGAAGGUCGACUCGCCGGCAUACUUUCCUGGGGUAAUGGAUGUGCCAAACCUCACUACCCGGGAGUUUACACCGAGGUGGCUUACUACAGAGACUGGAUCGACCAGAAUAUCCGCUCUUAGUUCAACCAAGCUUUAUAUUUAAUAUGUCGUUUGCUCUUCCUAUACGAAAUGUCCUGCAGCGAUGCAUCAUUAUGAAUUCAUUGUCAUCGUCACCAUGUAAUUAAUAAAGUUUAUCAAAUUUCUUC